GAGAGUUGACAUUGAUUCGUAAAAGUUGCACUAACAUUAAGAAGCUUACAUAAGGUAACCACUUACGUAAGGCGAUGCAGCGGUAUCUUACGUAAGCAAAUUUAAAGCUCAACAGCUGAUAAGCUGAUAAAGACGGCCUGGUGGAGACUUGUGGAUUCAUCGCCAAACGGCUAAAGUGCGAUGCUGAUGCGGACGUGCAGUCUUACAACAUUGAAGUAAAAAAAAAAAAAGGUACAACAAAUACCCAUCAUUCAUUCAUAUUCUAUUCCACACAAACUCUUGUGCAGUCCAAAAUACUAGAUUGAUAAAGUUGGAAAGAUGGAUCCCGGACGACGUGCUAUGAUCCAUGGCCGUAAGUCACCCCCUCGCCGCGAUAUCACAUCUCCCAGACGAGAUCUCAAUAAUAGAAUCACCAAGUCAUCGCGACCGACCCAGAACAAGCAGACGAAUUCUACCACCCAAAAUUGGCUUAGUCAAGAUGAACAGUCUCAACAAUUUGUCGCAGACGAGGACAAGUUCGUUCUAAAACAGGCCAAGAAAAAGGCAGAUAUCCGUGUUAGAGAAGGACGAGCAAAACCCAUCGAUCUCCUCGCAUUCAAUCUACGAUAUAUCGAUACAGACCGCGACGUCUUCGACGACGAUGAUGCCGACGCUGAUAUUGAUGUGCCUCCGCCUGGCACCGUUAUAGAAGGACUGAAGGAGUCUGCGCUUGGCGAACUCGAUGCUGACAUUACGCCGUACCUAACUCUCGAAACGAAUAACAGGAAUCGAGAGUACUGGAAGGCACUGCAGACGCUUUGUGCUGACAGGAGACAAAAGCUUAAACCCAUGGGUCGUGAGGAGCGCGUUGUCAAUUCUGUCAGCGCUGACGUGGAUAAAAUACUUGGACCCAAGAAUCUCGAGCAGCUGGAGAAGCUGGAAGGUCAGAUACAGGCUAAGCUGCGUUCGGAUGAGGUUAUGGACACCGACUACUGGGAGCAACUACUCAAGAGCUUGCAAAUUUUCAAAGCAAAAGCCAAGCUUAAGAACAUCUGCGAGGAAAUCAGAGAAAGCAGAAUAAAAUUAUUGGGGGAUCAGGAUCCUGAAAAAGUAAAAGAGCUUGCCGAAUCCCAAUCAUCCGGGAGUACCGCUCAUGCUGGAUCAAAGGAGAUAGCGACGACUUCUACUUCGAAGUCAAAACCUAACACGGCUUUUGUCUCGGCGGCCAGUAACCCGACCAGCGCACCACCUCCUGGUACUGCUAGAUUCACGACGAGCGAAAACGAAGACUUCUCUCAAGCUACCAAGGCUCUGUACGAGCGAGAAGUUGCUCGAGGGAUUAGCGAAAAUGAGGAGAUAUUCACAGCCGAAGAGACAGUUCCGAGUGGUACGAAACCACAAUGGGCAGAUAAAUACCGGCCUCGUAAACCGCGUUAUUUCAAUCGAGUGCAGAUGGGAUACGAGUGGAACAAGUACAACCAGACACAUUAUGACCACGAUAACCCGCCUCCAAAAGUGGUGCAAGGUUAUAAAUUCAACAUAUUCUAUCCCGAUCUCAUCGACAAGACGAAAGCACCCACGUUCAAGAUCAUUCGUGAGCACGGAAGGAGGAGAGGCGAAUCUUUUGCGCCGGCAGGGGAAGAAGAUACCUGCUUGAUUCGUUUCAUCGCUGGGCCACCAUAUGAAGAUAUUGCCUUUCGCAUUGUCGACCGGGAAUGGGACUAUAGCGCAAAAAGGGACCGCGGCUUCAAGAGCAGCUUCGAUAAGGGAAUUCUUCAACUUCAUUUCCAAUUUAAGAAGAUCUACUAUCGGAAGUGAAAAAUCCAGCCACCAUUCGUCAACAGAUUCUCAAUGGCAAACGCAAGCGAUUCUGCUACUUUAAGCCGCUAUACAGUAUGGGUUUGUACCAAUCACCUAACCUAAUAUCAUGGGACGAUAUUUGGGUAUUAUAUGGGAAUGGCACCAGAAAGUAAUCUGCAGAUAUUCAUUACGUCGUGGAAAUGCAUCGGAGAAGUGCAAAUCACCUUAGCCUCUGUAGCACAACGCACGGAGAGCUACCUUAACUCCCUAACCUGGUUGCGUUAUAAGGGACUGCGGCUGGAUGAAGGAAUUCUAUUUAGGGGGGUUAUUAGAGACAUAUUACGGGUAAAGAGACGGAGCUUUGGCCUGCUGUGAAGUUAAUAGUUAUCCCCGUGAGGGUUCCACUGUCUGCUAAAUUUAGAGUGAACGCGUGGUGAAUUAUAAGUGAAAGUGAGGAAUUAAUUUAAUUUAAAGGCUUCCUUGCCGACUUAGCCAUGGUCUCUACAGCCCGAGACACUCUUGUAUGUUCUUGUGAGCGAACGAUCUAGGAACCCUUGCAAAUUUAAAGCUUCGAUC